GAGGUGUCCUGUUACUUUCCAGGAGGAGAGAAGGACUCAGAUCUUUUCCCAGAACCAGUGGCAGUUGCAAAUCUCCGUGGAGAUGCUGAAUCACACCAGCAGGCCACAAGCAAUGUCCAGAGAAGAAGGAAAAGAACUCAAGCCAGAGAAACACCCUGAGCUAGGCAAAGUGGAUGGGAUCCCCCUGCCGAAAACCACCUGUAAUGAAUGGAGCCAAAUACAGGGCUUUCAAGCAAGGCCAGAUGACCUGCUUAUUUGCACCUAUCCCAAAGCAGGCACGACAUGGAUACAAGAAAUAGUGGAUAUGGUCCAACAAGAUGGUGACCUGGAAAAAUGUCAGCGGGCUCCUGUCCAUCAUCGACACCCAUUCAUAGAGUGGGCCCGUCCACCCCAACCUUCAGGGGUGGACCAGGCAGAAGCAAUGCCUUCUCCAAGGAUUCUGAAAACCCAUCUCCCAGUGCAGUUACUGCCUCAGUCCUUUUGGGAGCAAAACUGCAAGUUUCUUUAUGUGGCUAGGAAUGCCAAGGACUGUCUGGUGUCUUACUUCCACUUCCAGCGGAUGAGCAAGGUGAACCCUCACCCAGGAACAUGGGAAGAAUACAUUGAAACUUUCAUGGCAGGCAAAGUUGGCUGGGGCCCAUGGUAUGAUCAUGUCAAAGGGUGGUGGAAGGCAAAAGAAACCCAUUGCGUGCUCUAUCUCUUCUACGAGGACAUCAAGAAGGAUCCAAAGUCUGAAAUUCGGAAGGUGAUGCAAUUUAUAGGAAAGCAGCUUGAUGAAGUGACUCUAGACAAAAUUGUCCACCAUACUUCAUUUGACAUAAUGAAGAACAAUCCCUUGGUCAACCGGGCCAAUGUGCCCAUGUCGAUCAUGGAUCAGUCAAUUUCCCCAUUUAUGCGGAAAGGGACAGUUGGUGACUGGAAGAACCACUUCACAGUGGCCCAGAACGAACGAUUUAAUGAAGACUAUCAAAGGAAAAUGGCAGAUACCACCCUGGCUUUCUCCAUGGAGAUGUGAGGUCUAAGACUCCAGUGUUGAAAAUUCUGGAUUCCAUGUAGAGGGAGGAUUCAUGUUAGGAAAUGUCAUCUGGGGCUUUUUUC